UGUUAUUUUUUUAAUCACGUGUUUACUGAAAUUAGAUUAUAAAAGACUUCUAAUGAUUAAUUUGAGUUCAAACUAUUAAGAGUUAAUUAUUUUGCUCUAGGAAAAUAUGGCCACAACAUUGUCUUCAAAAGAAUUUUCCUUGAAAUGGAACAACUUUUCUAACAAUUUGACUUUUGGUUUUCUUUCUCAUUUAAGUGAGAAUAAUCUAGUUGAUGUAACACUUGCUGUAGAAGGACAAUUGUUAGCUGCCCAUAAAUUGGUCCUCUCUGUAUGCAGUCCUUAUUUCAAAAACAUAUUCAAGGAGAAUCCCUGUCAGCAUCCAGUAAUAAUAUUGAAAGAUGUAAAACAUGCAGAAAUAAUAUCCUUGUUAAAGUUUAUGUAUCAAGGAGAAGUAAAUGUAAAACAGGAGGAUCUGCCGACUUUUCUAAAGGUAGCACAAAUGCUACAGAUAAAAGGGUUAGAGGGUGGUGAAAAACAAAUAAUACCACUGUUAAGUGAUUACGUCAAUAUAGAUUUGCAAGAUAAUUCAAAGGAUGUAAAUGCCUUGUCUGAAGCUCCAAAUGAUCUAGAAAAUAGGAUCAAUAUCUUGGACAUGUCUGUACAAUCGCAUAGGAUAACUAAGAGAAAUAUUGAAACAAGAAAAAAACGCAUGGUUGAUAGAGCAUGUAUGGAAAAUAAUUACAAUUUAAUCAAGAAAUGCAGAAAUGAAUUAAAUAUCAACAGCAAUGAUAAUGUCUGUCUUUUAUCAGAUAAUGAUGAAAAAGAUGAUGAAAAUGAGUCUAGUAGCAAAAAAGACAAAUAUGAAGUUGAAACCAAGGUUGAGGCUAGUGAUAAUAAUAAUGAAGAAAUAAUUGAAUUAUCUAAUCAAAUCAUAUCUAAAUCAAAUGAGCAUUUAGAAGAAAAUUUAUUACAAUCGGCUGUGGAACCAGUGACUUAUAGACUGUCUUCAAGAGGUAGACCACAACUGAUUUAUAGAGGAUAUGUAUACAAUCUGACUUCUCAUUCCAAAGUAUGCAACAAUUCGCACUACCGUUGCGCAGAGCAGCAUCGCGGUUGCCGUGGCAAAUGCUCAGUGAUCGCUGAAAGAUUCAUGCCGACGGGGGUGAAUGAACAUAAUCAUCCGCCGAGUUAUGAAUCAGAGCACGAUUACAGAAAGAAAAAAUAUUUGGAUACUGAUAAUAGCUAAAGUUAAUUGUUUCACGAUAUAUUUCGAAAUGUUUCGUAAUUGGAACAAAUAUGCAUUUUGGUUUAUGCAUACAGUUAUUGAUAUUUAACAAUUGGAACAGACAAUAUGUCUAGGAAAAAAAAAA